AUGGAAAAGCACCCUCUUGCGCUCUGCCCUGAGCACCGUUCCCGAUCUACUGCAGAAUUGCAAUUGUUGCCCUCCGAACACCUCUUACAGACUAGAGCACUCCCCGGUCCCGUAACGACAACAACCGACACGAGACAGCCUCGACGACUGCGUCGGCAACGCUCCGCUCCGGUGGAUCCGCAGGGCCACGGCAACGGCAGCGCUGGCCAGCGGAGCGGCCUCAGCGGAGCGCUUCCGGGUACAGGGCAGCUCGUCGCAGCGUCGGCUGCUGACAUGAGCAGUUUGGAGACCCCAGGCACCAGGCAACCGGCGGCGUCGAACCUGCUGCCGACCUCUCCGUCGAGCCAAGACUUCCAGCACUGUCAAUGGCGGAUACGCGUCACGCGGGGUGCCAUCGCAGGCGAAGAGGAGCGUUCGCUGCUGCAGCGGACGUGCUUGUGUGACCUGCAUAGCUUGCCUAGCAUGCUUUUCACGCAAAACAACAUCCAUAUAGAGCGUUACUGCGGUAAUGACGCUGCAGAAGGGUUUCAGCCUAUCCUUCGAUUCAACGCUGUUGAUGCGCUUCGCGAGGUGCAGCCGGCACCCGCAGCGCCGCCCCAAGUCCACGAAGCGAGCGCCUGGCAGCGGCAGGUAUCGAGCGUUGCGCGGGUCCCGCUGACGGUCGCCAAGGACUGGACUUUCACCACGACCUAUGCAGGUACGCUGGCGGAUCACUUGCAGAUAGGCAGCUGGCGACCGGUGCCUGUAUCCAAAGCGCUGCCCCUAACCGAGCUGCAGUCGCGUGAGAUACCGCCGGAAUUUUAUACCGAGUUAAUUCUGUUUGAAGAUGAACUCGAUGACCAGGGGAUAUCGAGUUAUAGCGUGAGAAUUCGGGUCAUGCGGCAAGCCUUUUGGUACUUGUUGGCCCGGUUCUGGCUUCGCAUCGAUCGCAAGCUCGUACGCAUCUACGAUACGCGCUACUUUCACCGAUUCGGGAGCAGCGUCCUAGUUCGUCAAGUGCAGCGACGCGAAGCGAGCAUGGAAACCGUACAGCGAGCCAUUCUAUCUGGCUGGCAUGCCUCGAUGUCCACUGGGGCGAUGCAAUGCCGUCCCGACGACAAGGACAACGAAGACGACGAAGACGCUGCCGAGCCUGGAUGCAAAGCCUCAGAGGGCGUAUCCCCGACAAAUGCUUGCACGUCGGUCGAGGACAUCACCCAGUGGCGCGCUACCUACCAUUGUACAGAUGCGGAUCGUGUACUUGCAUUUGUUCCUAUCAUAGAGCAGAGCGCAGAGGUCUUGGAUCUUCGGAGCUAG